UUUUGCAACCACUAACAAUGCAUGCUGUUAUUAUCGCGGAUAUGCACAAGUACAAAGGAAGGAAAAUUUUUUUUUCCACAGAGAACGGAGAGGGGCUUGAAGGAUUUCAUGAAUACUAUAAAAGAACCUCACAUUUUUCUUCUCUAUCACUGGACACCCAAACCACGACUGUUGGUUCCGAGAAGAGUCAUCUCAUCAAGCAUUGUGGUGAAUCGCACGGGUUGAACAUGGCUUCAAGUAAAAUCUUCGCAUUUCUUCUGCUGGCAACCAUCAUCGGCACGGUAUUAGCUCGCCCUGGUCACAGCGGUUACAUCGGAUAUUCACAUCCUAUAGUCUACAGCAGUUACAGUUACCCGAGCCAUGGAUACGGACAUGGCUUAUACUCGUCCUACAGCUAUCCAUACUAUGGCUAUGGCCACGGAUAUGGAUACGGUCAUGGGUAUGGCUACGGUGGUUAUGGCCAUGGAAGUUUGCUUGGAGACUACUGGUGGUAAAGAUGAAAUUUGAUGUCUACUGGUUUCAUUACUCUCUAAUAAUCGACUACCCUGCUAGGCCCAAGGAUGUAUAACAUAUAAACUGCGGAAGCUACGGACGAUCUUUUUGUAUUAUUAAUUAUAUCUUUCACCAUGUAUACUUAAAUAAAUACUUUUUUUUCUUA